UUCAUGACAAUGGACAAAGUCCACACAGUAAACGACAAAGACUUUGGUAGGAGCUAGGCCAACUUCUGGAACGGCUGCCAACAACUCCUCUCCAAUUUCAAUUCUCUCCUCCUCUAACACGCAAAUCGCCUAUUCGAAAUUUGGGCAUCUAACCAACAGAGACUCUCUCUCUCUCUCUUUCUAAACUUUGAUUUGAAUCUCGACUUUCUUUCUCUAAACUUCUUCAGACAUUCCAACUCGACAUUAGAAGACUUGUUCUGCCUUUGCAUCUGCAUCUGCAUCUUAUCCCUCCUCUCGAUCUUCUGUUUUUUUGGGUUAUCAAUUCGGCAGAGAAGACAAAUGCCGAACUGGGCGCUGAAAGGCUGUUGCGAUAAAGAUCAAAAGAUCUUCCUUAUUACUAUCGCUAUCUUCACCGUUGUCAUUUUCGCGCUAUGGAGGACCUUCGUACUGACGCCUUUUAAGCUCAUCACUGUAUUUCUUCAUGAGGCAAGCCAUGCAAUUGCUUGUAAGCUCACAUGUGGUCAGGUGGAGGGCAUCAAGGUUCAUGCAAACGAGGGUGGGGUGACGCAAACACGUGGUGGUAUAUACUGGCUAAUACUGCCUGCUGGAUAUCUUGGUUCAUCAUUUUGGGGAAUGGCUUUAAUACUUGCAUCCACAACUCUUCUCACCACAAGAAUUGCUGCUGGUUGUUUUAUUGUUGCUCUGAUUGUUGUGCUCUUCGUUGCUAAAAAUUGGACCCUUCGAGGACUUUGCAUUGGAUUUAUUAUUUUCAUUGCUGUAAUUUGGCUUCUCCAAGAGUACACAAAACUUCGCAUUCUUCGAUAUGCCAUUCUCUUCAUUGGUGUAAUGAACAGUUUGUUUUCAGUUUAUGAUAUUUAUGAUGAUCUCAUAUCUCGAAGAGUGAACUCCAGUGAUGCUGAGAAGUUUGCAGAACUUUGUCCCUGUCCUUGUAAUGGUGCUGCAUGGGGUGUCAUAUGGGGAAUGAUCUCUUUCGCAUUUCUUGGCGGGGCCAUAUAUCUUGGACUUGUCAUCUUGUCUUGAGGUUCUCAGACUAGACUUGAAUUCUUCUUCAUAUUAUGGAGAGCACUAGCGCUCAUUUUUUCUUGUUAUUUCCUUCAUGAUAGUUGUAUUCCAGACCUAGACUAUCUGAUUCAUCUGAGAUUGUUUAGUGUGUUUUAUUUGCACUAUAAAAAAUUCAAUUGCUUCAUUCUUUUAACCCUUUCUUGGGUUUCACAUUUCUGAUUUAUGACUAUACUGUAUAGCAGAACUUGAUUGAUGUAUUCAAUUUUAUUAAACACUCUAGUAGAAGUUUUUGAUUGUA